CUGAAUCUGCCCGACUCCAUCUUCACCUGCUCAUCGUUGACGGAGCUGGUCCUGAAUGCGCCGCUUGUGGCGCCUCAUUGGCCUACUCCAUCGAGGAUACCUGGUGCUCACGGACCGCAACUCGUCGGGCGGCAUAGUCUCUUCUUGCUGCCCCGAUCUCGAGGUCUGGGACAGGUCCAAUUGCUACCAGCCGGAAGUUCUCGCCGUCGGUUGCCCUCGCCUCGAGUCUUUUGACCUCAGAGCAUGUCGAGGCCUCAUCAAACUGAGCGUGAUGGGGCCGCAGGUCACGCGUCUCGUGCGAAGAGAUGGUUGACUUUGGUCAACAAUAUAAUGAGGUUAGCGGAGGGAGAGGGAGAGGGGGAGCACCGGAACACAAAAUGGCAUUCGUUCUCGCCGCUUCUCCUUCUCUCCGCUCCACGGGAGGCUUCGUUGCCGGAAGUCGACUUCCCGGCGAUUUCUUGAGGUACAAGAUCUCCAAGCCCUCGCUAUGUUGUCCGUCCUCGCCCGCCUCCUUUGCCCGGAAAUGCUGCCUCUCCGCUUCAAUGCUCGUCCCUUUUAGAAGAGAUGACGCUCGGGAGCCGCCGCCUCCAGAUUUGGCGUCUUCCUUGUACAAGAAUCGGAUCGUAUACUUGGGCAUGCCGCUCGUCCCAUCUGUUACGGAGCUCAUCCUGGCAGAGUUUCUUUACCUUCAGUACGAGGAUGCUGUGCACCCCAUUAAUCUUUACAUAAACUCGGCUGGCGCUGCCAAGGUUGGAGAGAAACUGCCGUCUGUCACAGAGGCUUUUGCGAUCUAUGAUGUUAUGAGAUUCAUUAAACCACCUAUUUUCACACUCUGCGUUGGCAAUGCUUGGGGAGAAGCUGCUCUACUUUUGGCUGCUGGUACUAAAGGACAUCGUGCUGCUUUGCCAUCAUCGAGAAUAAUGAUCCGGAGGCAUGCUGCUCAAUGUCAAGAAGAAGAUACCGAUUCUGUAAGGAAAAUAGUAAGAGACACAAACUUUGAGUUGAUUUGUCUCUACUCAUUCCACACAGGAGAACCUCCCUGGAAGAUCAGCGAAGACAUCAGGCGACCAAAGUACUUGACUCCUCAUGAAGCUGUUGAAUAUGGCAUAAUUGAUAAGGUGUUGUUCAAUGAAAGAGAGCCGAAGGAAAGAUAAGGUGGCGUCCGAUCUUAAUUAGUAGAACCACUCGUGGAACAGUUGUUCCGAGCAUCGCAACGUCGAGCCACAAUUUCUCACCAUGUGAAAUCACAACAUGUGCCACUCGAUUCCGAACCAAAGUCUGAAGCAGGAAUCUCUGACGAGUUUGCCCAUCUUAUUUUGUUUUCGCAAAUAUAUGUUCUGUUCUAUAUGCAGUAUAUGAUCUCUUCGGUGCAAAGGUGUAGAUAUUUUAUCAUGACCAUAUAAGAACGAGGCAGAUUCGUACAA